AUGGAUGUUCUCCAGAAGACCGUUGUGGACCCGCUCCAGCCGCUUUUGAAGCCUAUCGUCGAGGCUCUUCCUCAGCCUGUGCACGAUGCGAUCAUCUCGCUGAUCACGGCACCAUGCCACGCCGCCCUGCUCCUCGACUUGAGCUUGGUCGAAGAUCCGACCUGUACAUCCCUGGCUAUCUCCAAGGCCCUCGGUAUUGCCAUCGUCGGCGCCAGUGCUGUCGUCAAGGUCCCCCAGAUCCUGAAGCUCAUCAACUCGCGCUCCUCGGCCGGUGUCUCCUUUGUGUCCUAUGCGCUCGAAACCGCUAGUCUGCUCAUCACUCUGUCCUACAGCGUGCGGAACGAGUUCCCCUUCAGCACGUUCGGCGAGAGUGCUCUUAUCGCCAUUCAGGAUGUUGCGAUCGGUAUCCUUGUCCUGACCUUUGCUGGUCGUUCCGCGGCCGCUGCCACUUUCGUUGCCGUCGUGGCGGCUUCCGUGUAUGCGCUGCUCUUCGACCAGACUCUCAUUGACGGGAACACCAUGGCCUAUCUGCAGACCGGUGCUGGCGCUCUUGGUGUUGCCAGCAAGUUGCCUCAGAUUUAUGCUAUUUGGAGCGAGGGUGGUACUGGCCAGCUUAGUGCUUUCGCGGUCUUCAACUACCUCUUCGGAUCCCUCUCCCGCAUCUUCACCACUCUCCAAGAAGUCGAGGACAAGCUCAUUCUCUACGGCUUUGUCGCUGGCUUUUCCCUCAACUUGAUCCUCGCCGCACAGAUGGUGUACUAUUGGAACAGCCCCGCGCCCAAGAAGAAGGCGCCCCGCGCAAAGGUCGCGGAGAAGCCGGUCUCUGCCGAAAGCUCUGGAGCAUCGCCCAGACCAGGCUCCAAGACUCCCACCACGCGACGACGGGGUUAG